UGUCACCCCCCCCCCGCCGCUCCAUGUGGGGGUCCCAAGCCUCUCGGCAGGAGAUGGGUUAAAUAUCCAGCAGCGCCCCGCGUGUGCCAGGCGGGGGUGCAGGGGCCCUGGGUCUGAGCCAAGUGUUCAAGUCUCCCUGGGGACACAGCCAGGACCCUGGGACUUGACAUGUCGGGGACACUGGAUCUUGAGAAGGGCUGCACUGUGGAGGAGCUGCUGCGGGGCUGCAUCGAGGCCUUUGAUGACUCCGGGAAGGUGAGGGACCCCCAGCUGGUGCGUAUGUUUCUUAUGAUGCAUCCAUGGUACAUCCCGUCCUCCCAACUGGCUGCUAAGCUACUCAACGUCUACCAACAAUCCCGGAAGGACAAUUCCAACUCCCUGCAAGUGAAGACCUGCCACCUGGUCCGGUACUGGAUCUCGGCCUUUCCCGCCGAGUUUGACUUGAACCCAGAGCUGGCAGAGCAGAUCAAAGAGUUGAAGUCUCUGCUGGACCGAGAGGGGAACCGACGGCACAGCAGCCUUAUUGACAUCGAGAGCGUCCCCACGUACAAAUGGAAGCGCCAGGUGACCCAGCGGAACCCAGUGGCUCAGAAGAAACGGAAGAUGUCACUGCUGUUUGACCAUUUGGAGCCGCUGGAGCUGGCCGAGCAUCUCACCUACCUGGAGUAUCGCUCUUUCCGCAAGAUCCUGUUCCAGGACUACCAUAGCUUUGUGACCCAUGGUUGUACAGUGGACAACCCCAUCCUGGAACGCUUCAUCUCCCUCUUCAAUAGCGUCUCCCAGUGGGUGCAGCUCAUGGUGCUGAGCAAGCCCACAGCCCCCCAGAGGGCCCAGGUCAUCACCCACUUCAUCCACGUGGCUGAGAAGCUGCUCCAGCUGCAGAACUUCAACACACUCAUGGCUGUGGUCGGGGGCCUGAGCCACAGCUCCAUCUCCCGACUCAAGGAGACACACAGUCAUGUCAGCCCAGACAGUGUCAAGCUCUGGGAAGGCCUGACAGAGCUGGUAACAGCCACCGGGAACUACAGUAAUUAUCGUCGCCGGCUGGCAGCCUGCGUGGGCUUCCGAUUCCCCAUUCUGGGCGUGCACCUCAAGGACCUGGUGGCCAUACAGCUGGCCCUUCCUGACUGGCUGGAUGCGGCUCACACUCGGCUCAAUGGGGCCAAGAUGCGCCAACUCUUUGCCAUCCUGGAGGAGCUGGCCAUGGUGACCAGCCUUCGACCACCCAUACAAGCCAACCCAGACCUAGUGAGCCUGCUCACGGUGUCUCUGGAUCAGUACCAGACCGAAGAUGAGUUGUACCAGCUGUCCCUGCAGAGAGAGCCACGUUCAAAGUCCUUGCCAACUAGCCCGACAACCUGUACUCCGCCCCCACGGCCCCCUGUCCUGGAGGAGUGGACUGCAGCUGCCAAGCCCAAACUGGACCAAGCAGUGGUGGUGGAGCACAUUGAGAAGAUGGUGGAGUCUGUGUUCCGGAACUUUGAUGUGGAUGGGGAUGGCCACAUCUCCCAGGAGGAAUUCCAAAUCAUUCGAGGGAAUUUCCCUUACCUCAUCGCCUUCGGGGACCUCGACCAGAACCAGGAUGGCUGUAUCAGCCGGGAGGAGAUGGUCUCCUAUUUCCUGCGAUCCAGUUCUGUGCUGGGGGGCCGCAUGGGCUUUGUCCACAACUUCCAGGAGAGUAGCUCCCUGAGGCCAGUUGCCUGCAGGCACUGCAAGGCCCUGAUCCUGGGCAUCUACAAACAAGGACUGAAGUGCCGAGCUUGUGGAGUGAGCUGCCACAAACAGUGCCGGGAUCGCUUGUCAGUGGAGUGCCGGCGCCGGGCCCAGAGCAUGAGCGUGGAAGGCCCACCUGCGCCCUCGCCCACACAUGCUCCCCUUCGAGCCUUUAGCUUUUCUCUGCCUCGACCCGGCAGGCGAGGAUCCCGGCCACCAGCUCCAGAGAUCCAAGAAGAGGGGGUUCAAUCUGUGGAAGAUGGCGUGUUUGACAUCCACUUAUAACAGCGGCUGUGUCUGGGGCAUGGACCUAGCCCUGCUACUGAAGGGACGCAGAGCAGACCAGAGCCAUGGACCUACCUGGGAGAGCUGAGGCUGCAGCCAGGGCUGCUGUGGGGGGGAGCUGAAGGUGGGGCAGAAGGGCAUGGGGCCACAGGGAGCAGAGGGACUUCGGUUCUCCCAGGCUGUACAAACUCUUGUGAAUAUUUGUAUUUUCCAAAUGGAAUUAAAAAAAAAGGCUGAUUGGAUCGGGCAUUUUACAA